CCACGUCGUCCUCAUCCUCCUCACCUCUCUUUCUCUCCUUUCCCCCAUCCACCUCUUAAUCCUCCUCUGCCCUUCAUCGCAAGUGUAAUAUCGGCCCAAACUCUCGUCAGGCCAGUGGAGUGUGACGGAAGACGGAUGCUGCGCGAACAAUUCUUCCACUCCUCUGCUGUCCUUUUACGUUCCUGCCCGGUCUGCUCCGCUCCAUCAUAAACCUCUGUCCACUCAAGCGUGAAAGAGAAGGAAAACCAUCAGUCAUCCGCCCCGGUCUCCCCCUCACCCCACGGCCCACCUCCCACAAAGACACUGCCCGAGGGAAUGGAGAAGCCGCAGGGUCGGGUGGCCGCCGUAGUGCCUGCGGCGGGCACCAGUGAACGGAUGGGAAGCGUCACCCCGAAGCAGUACAUUGAGGUGUGCGGGCGGCCCCUGGUGACGUACUGCCUGGAGGCGCUGCAGAGUGUGGAAUGGGUGUCCCGAGUGGUGGUGGUGGCUGAUGACCUGGCAAGGAUGAGGGAAGUAGUGCAGGGCGCGGCGCUGUCUAAGGUCACAGUGAUACAGGGUGGAGGCAGCAGGCACCGAUCCAUCAGAAUGGGAGUGGAGGCGCUGGCGGCGGAGGAAGUCCCACCUGACGUAGUAGUGGUGCACGACGGAGCGCGGCCCUUUGUGCCACUCCACACCCUCGCACAGGUGGCAGUGAUGGCUGAGCGGCACGGGGCAGCAGGGGCUGUGCGGUCUUUGGUGUCCACGGUGGUGAUGCCCGACGCCCAGGACUUCCUUGAGGAGAGUCUGGUCAGGAGUCUGUACCGCAACUCAGAGAUGCCCCAGGCAUUCAGAUUCAGCGUGCUGCGCGACGCUUAUCGAAAAUGCAGUGACGAGGAGGCUGACCACGGAACAGAGUGCCUGGCUUUGGCCCUGCGCCACUGUAGGGUCAAGGCUAAGCUGGUGCCUGGGACGCCACAGCUGUGGAAGGUGACGGAAGAGAAGGACUUGGAGGUAGCACGUGUCCUUCUUCCACGCCUCACCCGCCACACUACUGUGGUGUGCAGCACACUUGCUUCUUCUCAACUACAUCACACUGCAGGGGCCGCUCACUCCUCAGAUCCCUUCACUGGUGCCGUUACCUGCCGCGAGGAGUGCUCACAUGUGUUUUCGUCACUCGAGGACACGCUGAGACGCUCCUGCAAGAAACUCCACUUCUCUCCUAGAUAUAACGCUACACAUGCUUCUCUGAUCGUCAUUACCAACAUCACCUGCCAGACUGCGCUCGUGGAUCACCUGAAGGCCGCCGCCGCUGACAUCAGCAAGACAGCAGGUCCUGUUAUCUUCUUAUUCAACCAACAUAGCCACGAUCCCAGUCUUAAUCCUUUAAGUAUCGUGUCGAUGCAGCAGGAAGUCAGAGAUACCUUCAGCAACCACGCAGGUCCCGUCACCGUUAUCCUAAACAAUCUAACAAGAACUGAAGCCACCAAGGGAAGUCCGGGUGUUAGCAAGGGACAAGCACGUGAGUCUGACCAUGACCAACCACCACCAGACCUAGAGAGACUCCGCUCCUUGGUGGCGUCUCUGCUUGACCAAACCAGCCGCGGAUUCCACGGCUUGGUGUUGGUGGUGUAGGAAGGGAAGGUGUGGGGAUGAUGCGGCCGUGAGGAGCAUACCUUUCUGGGAACGACAGGGACACUCGGCAGUCAGAAGCUACAGCAACAAGCGAAGCAAGACCUGGAGGAGGAGUAAAAGGAGGACGAGAAGGACGGUGUGGCGGUGUACGUGGAUGCCGGUUUGUGUUGUUCAUCCCAGUGACAUCCACAAGUAGUUGUGCAGCCUGAAGCAUAGAGCAGAUGACGAUGAUGUUGCAACUCCUCUCCAAAGGAACCACUGCAACUACCAGUAUGUUGGCCUCAUUCCUAGAAGACACUGAAGCCUUCCCUGGCGGCAAAUAAUAUAAACACCAGAUCCGAAGACAACAAGGCAGGAUGAAUAAGAAAACCAACAAGGCAGGAUGAAUAAGAAAACAAGAAAUUCAUAGAUUUCAAGUCACUCUGUGAAUAUUGUGCAAAGUUGAAUGUUUCAGAUGUGAAACAAAACACAGUGAUAAACAGAUAGAUAUAUUUACUGAAGAGGGAUGGUCAUCUGACAGAUUGUUAAAUCAUUACUAUAUGACAAAAUAGAAAUUAAUUGCAGCAAUUUAGCCACCUUACUGGUUUGUGAAGCUGUGGAUAUAUUUACUGAAGAGGGAUGGUCAUCUGAAAGACAGAUUGUUAAAUCAUUACUAUAUGACAAAAUAGAAAUUAAUUGCAGCAAUUUAGCCACCUUACUGGUUUGUGAAGCUGUGACGUCACUUGUGACCAUUAUCCAAAACUUGCACUUCCAAUCUCCUAAGCAGCUUUUUUUCAGGCAAUUUUAAAUGUUAAGAGUUUUAAAUUUAUCAAUGAUAUACUGAGGAAAACAUAACACAGUAUAUAAUGUUUCCUAUAAAGUUGUUAGAUAUAUUAUAGGACCAACUUGAUUCCAAAUGCAAGUUUGUGGUGUAUUAAAAAGAUGCUUUGAUAAGUUUCCUACACAUUCAGUUUACUGAUUACAUUUGUCUUUCAUCAAGGUAGUGGGGUUUGAAAUGCUACACAAGUGUCAGAGCUGAGAAGGAAAAUAUUCGUGAUUGUUGGUAAUGGCAGUGCAUUAUAUUACUUUUUGGUAUUUAUUGUUCAUGUUAAUUAGGUGUGUGUGUGGAGUCAUUUUCUUAGUGAAUGAAUUGGAGUGAAUGUGUGUGGAGUAAUUUACUCUAUACUUUAAUGUUGUUUCUCUAUCCCUUCAUCUUCCUAAAUGUAAGUUCACAUACCAAUCACACCACAACUCCCUUCCCAGAAAUCUUGUGGUCUCUCAAUCUUAAUCCAGCAACACUAUGUUUAUGUAACACCUCAGCUAUCUUCCAUGGAGGUAGUUGUGUUGGGAGCAGUGGUGACAAAUAUCUGCUAAGAAAGGAGAGAGAUAGUUUGGCCGGGAGCUGUGGUUUGACUAGUACUUACAUGUACUUACUUUGAAUGAACACAGCAGAGCACCAACAAAUUAAAGUACAUGUACAUUACAGCUCCCAGCCAAACCAUCUCUCCUUUCUUGGCAGAUAUUUCUCACCACUGCUCCCAACACUAUUAUCUCCAUGGAAAAUAGAUGAGGUGUUAUAUAAACAUACUGUGGGAUUAAGAUGAGAGGCUGAGAGGCUGCAAGUUUACUGGGAAGGGAUGGGGGUUGUGAUGUGUGAUUGGUUUGUGAACUAACUUUGGGCAGAUGAAAAAGAGAUAGAGAGCAACAUUAAAGUAGAGUAAAUGACUCCACACACAUUCACUCCAAAUCAUUCACUAAUAAUUCUUACUGAUAAUAGAAAGAGCUAAUGUACCUUAUAAAGCAACUUUUUCUUGUCAGACAACAAAACAUGUUUAUAUGCAAUUGUGGAUCUGUAGGAUGAAAGGAAGAAUGGUGACAUUGGAAAGGUGCUACACACACACACAACAGACUUCCCUCUUAACAAAAUCUGUCUCAGCUCACACUUCCCUCUUAACAAAAUCGGUCUCAGCUCACACCUCCAUUAUGUGUCAUCCCUGCAGUAGAUUAAAAUUUGCAGUCAUGUACAACAGCAGCUAUUUAAAACUGUAUCAGAGGAGAGGAGGCUGUGGUGUAUGAAUGGUAAGUACAAUGUAGUCUGAGGGACUGAGGGAUGGAGCUGAGAUUAAAGUGUUUGUUAGGAAGGGAUCCGAGUACAAACACGCUGCCUUGGGGCACACCUGCCUGAAUGUCAUGUGAUAAUGACACCUGUCCAUUGUGCACUACCUGUAAGUGCCUCCCAUGCAGGUAGUCAUGCAUCAGGUCCAGAGCUUUGUCUCCCACUAUGAAGGCACUCAGCUUUUCCACUAAGACAGCAUGCCAUACCGCCCUUGGUCCAGGGCAUCACUCCACUCACUGACGAGUAGGUGGUUUAGACCAGCAGCAGAGCAACCUUUUCUAAAUCCAAAUUGCCUGGCGCUCAGGAAGUUCUGACUCUCCAGCUGGGCGGUGAUUAUACCUUCCAGCACCUUGCCUGCUACAGACAGCAGGGAGCCAGGGCAGUAAUUCUCAACCAUGCUUUUGCUGCCUUUCUUGUGGACUGGAAUAACGUGACUCCCCUUCCAAGCUCGAGGCCACCUGUUAUGAUGUAGAAUGGCCCUGAAGAGGAGUGUAAGAGGGGGUGCCAGUUCCGUAGCACACCUACGUAGCAUGCAAGGGCUGUAUUCAUCAGGCCCCACUACUUUAUCCUCCUCCAGUUUGGUGAGGGCAGCUCUCACUCCCUCCUCAGUGGUGGUGAGUGAGGUCAGAGUGUCUCCUGCCACCACGGGUGGUGAGGGAGGAAGGCAAGUGGGGUCUGGUAUAGUCAUCUUGAGGGAGAAAUGCUCAACCAGCAGAUUCACUUUCUCCCUCAACGUUGUAAACACACCAGGCAGGACACAAGGCAUUGGCGUUAGAUAAAACACGAGAGGAGUGGUGAGCUCAUCACCACAGUGUGUGAGGAGGUGAGGACUUGUACUGUCAGGACCUGAGGCCUUCAGGUGCUUCCUAACAGCAGCCUCCAUUAUGACCACACUCUCAAUGCUUGAGGGAGCAACGCGUGGGAGAGGUGGUGGCUGCCUGUCUGGUUCUGGCAUCCUUCAUCUUACCGCUGAACACUUGGACUAGCAAGUCUGCUUUUUCCUGGCUGAUGACAGUCAGGUUCCCACAUGACUUAGUGAGGACCGGGACACAAUCGCGGGAAGUGACGCUUGUUUCUCCUUCACCAAGCUCUACCACAGCUUUGGGUCCAGCUGGGUGGAAGACAACAUCCUCCUAUUGUUGUCCUCCCAUCUUGCUUUGGCCCAUUUCGUGAUCUGCGUCAUAUCUUUGCAUACAGCUCGGUGCAUCGCCUUAUUCCGCUGGGCACGUCCAGUGCUGCCCAGUUGGUGUGGUCCCACAGCCAGAUGGUCCUGCAGUGGUCCUCCUCAAAUGCUUGGGCGAGGUUAAUGGUGGAGAGGACUGCUAGAUGGUCAGAGGUAACCACGAAGUUCAGUGGGCAGGUCACCUGCCAGGUCCGUCAGCACAGGGUCCAGAGAUCCUCCACGUUGGUGUGUAGGGAAGUCAACAUGAUUGUGAAGUCCCUGCACCACUGUCAGCUCAAUGAAUGCCCUCAGCACAAUAUUGUGGUUGAGGUUACCCACAAUCACUACAUUCUGACAGUUGUGAGCCACCAUGAUGUUGCCCAGGUUGUCAGUGAGGUAGUUGAGAGGCUAGCUUCCCUGCCACUGAAGUCGGUACAUGACGCACAGAAGCAGGGCGCCCCUAUCAGCGAGUAUGAUGCAAAACAUCAUCUCCAUCACGUCAGGUGUGUUGGCUGUCAGGGCGUCGCUGUGGAGGCCCUCACGAUGAUACACAGCUAAACCACCUCCCUGCCCACCGCGGCGGUCCCGUCUCGUCCAGUGGGAGUAGCCGAUGAUCCUGUCGCAGGUGGUGACAAAGCUGUCGUCCAGGAAAGUCUCUACCGCCACUACUACGUCCGGUGUGUUUCUCAAGGGCGAUAUGUGUUAGCUGUCCAACAUUGGUUCAAGCCACGAAUGUUGGCAGACAGGACUGUGAGAGUGGCAGUUGGGGUGGUAUCAGCGGCGGAGACCAUUCUUCCUCUCUCUCUUUUUUUUUUAUUUAAACAGGUGGUUAUGACAGGUUGUAUAUUACAAGGGGCAGUUUAAUAUGUACGCUAAAGCUCAUCCUUAUCAUUGGUGAGCUGUCUUAAAGUUUUUCCCCUUACAUUUAUAAUGUAGCAAUAAACUAACAAUUUUAGAAGAUAACACUAGACUUAAUACUAUGUACAUCCCAGGCUAAAGCAUCUCUCUAUCUCACAGGGACCCACAGAAUGUCCCCCCCACAGUAUGUUGACAAACCCUCAGUCACUCCCUACACCUACAGCCCCUCCUGAAAUGUAAUCCUCUCCCCUCUCUCUCUCUCAAACCACAGGUACUCACAGUUCAAACACCAAAGCUCCACCUACAAAUUAGUCGCAAAACAAACACACUGCACCUCUCGCUGUGUAGCUGGGGCUGCCAAAGAAAGAUAACUUUAUUUAAUGAUGCAAAAAAAACUAUAUGUACAGCACAUGUUGAGUAAUCAUUACUUUACUUAAAUAUACAAGGUGAGUACUUAAUGUAUGUUUUUAUCUUAAAACCAAACAAUGUGACAGUGUGAGCUGAUAUCUAUAUUCAGUGCUGGCUGGUCAUGUGCCCUUUUCUCUAGAUUUUAAUGGGGGUCCCACUUUCAUGCAGGACAGUUUUUUGAUUGCCCAGGAGAGAGAGAGAGAGAGAGAGAGAGAGAGAGAGAGAGAGAGAGAGAGAGAGAGAGAGAGAGAGAGAGAGAGAGAGAGAGAGAGAGAGAGAGAGAGAGAGAGAGAGAGAGAGAGAGAGAGAGAGAGAGAGAGAGAGAGAGAAUCUGAGAAUGGUGGGGAAAUUGGAUGAAGAUGAAGUAGGAAGUACUAAUGAAGUAAGGAAUAUAUUCAACAUCUCCCUCUUCACCUCACCACCUGAUCAGAAGUGUUGUGUGAACGCUGUCCUGCCACACGGUUGUCAUCCUCCAUGCUCACCAGUGGUUCCGAAAGAUUGGCCCCACUGCUACAACUGCCCACUCCUUGCUGAUGACUGACUAUAAAUGUGGCCAGGAUCUGUGGGACUGAAAUGUGUGAGAACUCUACAUUUCAUCCACCGUCACUGUGAGAACUCUACCUUCACUGUGAGAACUCUAUCUUACAUCCACCUUCACUGUGAGAACUCUAUCUUACAUCCACCUUCACUGUGAGAACUCUACCUGACAUCCACCGUCACUAAUAUAUCUUGAACCACCCACAACUUUUAUAUCUAAAUGAAGGUAAUAAUGAUUUUACAGAUCACAUAUAUUUCUUAUGAAAAAAUUAAAUCAAUAAAUUGUAAGCAAUCAUA